CUUCUUGCACUCAGCCAAAAAUGUCACAAAAUAAGGGCUUCUCUUCUAAAGUCUUAGGCUUAAAAUUCAUGCAGAGAGCGGCAGAAAAGAGGAAGCUCGAGGCUGACGCCGCUGCAGCCGACGCAGCAGCCGACGCCGCAGCAGCAGCAGAGGCCGAGGCACCCGCCGUGAACCCCGCUCAGGCGCCCACCUCACAACCCGAGCCAGAAGCCACUGUCGGCGACGCAGCCUGGCCUCCGGCCUCCACAUCCGGGAGAUGCAUUAUCUCGUACGAGCCCGUGCCGUUGCCAGGGCUAGCCCGGGCAGGUGGCCGCAUGAGCUUUGGGCCCGGGGGAGUCAAGAAGACAGGGGCUGCGGCUACCGCUGCUGCCGCCACGGAGGGCAGCGCCGCGGCAGCCGGGCAAGCGGCUGCGCAACAGCAAGGCGCCUCCAUCAGCGACGUUGAUAUGGCCAAGACAUUCCGGAAACCAGCAGAGCUGAAGCCGUGGCAGCCGUCCACGCUGCGGAUUAUUGAUGACGCUACCGCGGCGGCCGGCAGCAGUGCGGGGAGCGGCGGCGGUGGUGGCGGCGGCGGCAAGGGCCCAGGGCAGGCUGGAAUGAAGUCGGGUGGAGCUGGCGGCGGUGCAUCCUCGGCGGCUGGGGGGAAAGCGGGCAAGGGUGCGACGGGAGCGGCAGCGCCAAAUGCAAAUGCGUUUGCACCGCUGCGGCCGCCGAAGAAGCAGAAGACGUAACUGGCGUAGCUGCUGGGGGAGCUUCCGGCGCAAGGCUGCACACUGUCGUGCAGCGCAGUAGGCAAUAACCUGGUGGUGGGAUGUGGACGGCUGAGAGGGUCCUGCGAUGGGCAUGCUGACGACAGGACUGGAUGUCGCUGAGGAGCUGUUGGCACAACGUAGUCAAUACCGUACAAUGCUUGCUGCGCUGCGCUGUAUGUAACACGGCACACGGGUGCUGCAACGAGCCUCCGAUGACGGCCAGCACCAGGAGCCGACGGCCUGCCGCCGUGCCCAGCACAGCUACGUCCACGGCCAUUGGUGGGGGCGGCCGCCCCACCAAUGGACCCUGCGCAAAUUGACUACAGUACUGCUGUACCGCCGCAGCCCUUGAACAGAGGAUGACUACGAGAACAAGUGCGCUGCAGGACGCUUGGGCUACUGGCACUGCUGGCAUGCCCCAGCACGCCGCAGCCGCUGAGCCCUGC